AUGGACCUCACCGACCCGCUCUCCGCAUCCAUCACGGAUUUGCCGAGCCUGAAAGCCGUUCUAUUUGACCAUGAGCGUCGGGUUUUCAUCCACCAUUGCGACGAGGUCGCCCUCUCCGUCGCCAGCAAGACAAACUUGACAGAUGCACAGCUCGCCAGCUCCAUUAGGGAGCUGCAAACCCAUCUCGCCGCCCUCUGCGUCGCCGGCAAUGAGUUACUCCACGACACCAAACCCGGCAACCUCCCGCAGAUCCCAGCCGGAUUCAUGAGUGACGAGCUCCCUCGCCCAGGAAGAUCCCCCAUGACUGAGUUCGCCUGGGGAUGCUUCUAUACGAAGCGAGAACUGGCUUGGCUGCAAUACCAGUAUCAGCAGUCCAACGAAAUAUUUGGCCUCGCGGAUGGAAUCAAACGUUGUGGGCAGCGCUGGGACUUCGCCGAGAACUUCCCAUUAUUCGCUCCCCUUGUAAUCUAUCCAACCGAGUCGGACGAUUGGCAUGGUGGUCGUCUUAUCCAACUCCCUCAUUUCCAACCGAGCCUCCAGCCGCGUUAA